AUGGCGACGGCGGACGGACCGAUCCGCGUUCAGGUCAGCGACGACGACACCGGGCUCGUGUGGUCCGCGGAGGAGUACCACAGGCUGCGGACGCGGCAUCGCGUCGUCGGCGCGCUCGUCGGCGGCCUGCCCGGGUUUAGGCAGCAAGAUUCCGUGCACGGUCUCCCCGCGCGUCUGUCCCCGGAGGAAGUCACGCUCGCGCUUCACAGAGGGUGGGUCACGCUGUACGUCGCGCGCGACGCAGUCGCGGCCGCGGCGACCGCGGCGGAACGCGCGCCGCCGCCGCCCGCGGCGAAGAGACCGACCGUCGCGAACAAAGGCUGGGGCGUCAAGCCCAAGGGCGGUUUCCACAAUCAGAAGCGUCUGAAGACGACAAAGAGCCUCGCGUCGGACGCGGACGCGGGGUGGGAGCGCGUCCUGAACACGUCGUUCGUGGAGAUCCCACUGCGCGCGCCCUCGGACGCGCCGGACGACGCCGACGCGGGGCCGGACGCGUCGUCCCCGGAGUGGAGCUACCCGCGGACGGACGCGCAGCGGCGCCGGUUCGCGGUGUUUUCCGAUCUGCACGCGCGCGGGUUGACGAUGACCGCGGGGGUCAAGUUCGGGUCGGAUUACCUCGCGUACCCGGGGGAACCGAUGGCGUACCACGCGUGUUUCACCGUGAAGGUGUGCGACGGCGACGAGCGGAUGCGCGCGCGCGAGCUCAGCGCGGCGAGUCGGAUGUCGCACGCGGCGAGGAAAAACUUGGUGCUGGCGACGGCGACGGCGGCGGCGGCGGCGACGGCGGCGGCGACGGGGGCGACGGCGGGGGGGGGCGGCGGGGAAGUGGGGGACGACGCGUCGCCGCCGCCGCCGCCGCCGCCGCCGCGCGUGAUGAAGGUUUCGUACGUCACCGUGACGCCGGACAUCGAGCAGAGCAAGGGCGGACGCGUCGAGCGCGGGGGCUGA